AUGCCAAAAGAAGAAGUCUCAUACUACACCACCCAGUCCUGGAUCCAUGCAGAAGGGAUCAAACUCGAUCUGAAUCAGCCUUCGACGUACCAAAGUUUGGCGACCGAGACCAUAUUUGCCAUCGAACCUUCCGAGCAGCGAGAGAUAUGGGAUGAACUGGAAGAAGAAUUCGAUGAUGGGGAUGCUACUGCCUACAUCUUGACUGGCCUGGAAUUCGAUGAGAAAGAGGAGAAGAAGACGCUUACAAGAAGGACUUUGACUGCUAUCAGGAAACCUCCCGCCCCCUUCGACAACGACAACGGUCAGACCGUGACAGAUCAAGAAUCUGUCCAAGGGCUUGAGGGAGCGAAUGAUCUAGAUUUGGAGCUUGGGGUGCUACUUCGGGGGACACAAGAAGAGGACGAUGGAUGGCUCGUCACGUGUUUCAGCCAGGGGAAUACGGAGGCGUUGAAGACCAAGCAACGGGGGCUGUAUAUGGACCAGGAGGAGUAUUAUCCGCAUGUCAAGGUGCUGAGUACUACCAAAGACUGGGCGGAGGUGUUCCCGGAUAUGCAGCUUGCAAAGAGAGGUAGGUACUAG